GUGGCGCCAUGGUGCUCAGCAACUCGCUCUUCAACGUCGACGGUGGUCACCGUGCGAUCAAGUACCGCAGGAUAAACGGCGUGAGCAAGGAGAUCUACAGCGAAGGCACCCACCUGAUGAUUCCGUGGUUCGAGACGCCCAUCACCUACGACGUUCGGGCCCGGCCAAGGAACGUCUCGUCGCUUACGGGCACAAAGGACUUGCAGAUGGUCAACAUUACCUGCCGUGUCCUGUCCCGGCCCGACAUUGCACAGCUACCCCAGAUCUACCGGACACUCGGCCAGGACUACGACGAGCGGGUGCUGCCUUCGAUCGUCAACGAGGUCCUCAAGAGCGUGGUGGCGCAGUUCAACGCCAGCCAACUGAUCACACAGCGUGAGAGCGUGGCGAAAAUGGUCCGUGACAACCUGUCUGUCCGCGCCGCCCGCUUCAACAUUGUCCUCGACGAUGUCUCCUUGACGCACCUCGCGUUCUCUCCGGAGUUCACCGCGGCAGUCGAGGCCAAGCAGGUCGCGCAGCAGGAGGCGCAACGCGCGGCUUUCAUUGUGGACAAGGCCCGGCAGGAGAAGCAGGCCAUGGUCGUCAAGGCACAGGGUGAGGCUCGUUCUGCCGAGCUCAUCGGUGACGCUAUCAAGAAGAACAAGGCCUACGUGGAGCUCAAGAAGAUUGAGAACGCGAGAUAUAUUGCUCAGCAGAUGCAGGAGUCGGGUGGCCGCAACCGACUGAUGCUCGACUCCGAGGGCCUGGGCCUGAACGUCUUUGGGGACAGCUCGAACAAGUAGAAGGGAAGGACUGGCAAGAAAUAAUCUCCAUUGUAACUCUAGGGACUAAUCCGUGUAGCAUAUUCACCUCCGCCAAAAGAAGCCAACAUGAUUUGCA